AUAAUGUUCCUCCUCAUCUAUGGUUUAUAAAUCAACAUUUCCACUGCUAUUUCUGCAAAUGUGUGGUUAAAUAUAGAGUUAAUAGUAAACUGAUUUAAUAAUUCAAUUAUUUCACCCAUUUAAAGUAUUUUCUAGACACGUUGUUUGUUUUCCAAACCUGUCAAACACAGACGUUGUUUCCUGGGGAUAACAAUAUGGUGGGACCAGUACAGAAGAUGGGGAAAUGCAAUGUUUUUAAUUUCUCUUGUCAAAAUGUGAGAAACCAAACCAUGUUGCAUGUACAUCUUUACAAAAAAACUUAAAAUGGAAAACCAGAAUAGGAUACCUGUGCCAGUAUAUACGGCAGUGGACAAAGAUGUCUUCACCCAAAAGAUUUAUCCUCUGCGACACCCAGCCGUUCUAAAAGGUGUAUCUCUAGGACCAUGCUUGGAAAAAUGGUCUGUGGAUUAUCUUUGUGAAAAAGGUUGUGAGAAAGAGGUCAAGAUUCAUGUCUCAUCAGUGCCACAAAUGGACUUCCUCCAUAAAAACUUCUUAUACAGGACACUGAAGUUUGGUCAGUUUGUUCGAAGAGCAUCAGAGGCCAAGCAUUCAGAAUUCUUUAUCAGUGAGAAUGAGAGUUACUACCUGCGUUCACUUGGAGAGGAUGCUCGCAAGGAGCCUGCAGACCUCAGAAAACAAUUUCCUGAGUUAGCAGAGGACUUUCACAUACCUCCAUUUUUUGAGCCGGAGAAGUUUUUCUCAAGUGUGUUUCGAAUCAGCUCUUGCGGACUGCAACUCUGGACACACUACGAUGUGAUGGACAACCUCUUGGCCCAGGUGACAGGCAGGAAGCGUGUUGUCCUAUACAGCCCUCAAGAUGCUGAAUAUCUCUAUCUGUCAGGGGACAAGUCGGAGGUGCUGGACAUUGACACCCCAGAUGUUGAGAGAUAUCCUGAGUUUGUGAAGGCGCAGCGGUUCGAGUGCAUUCUGGAGCCAGGAGACCUACUGUUCAUCCCAGCGCUGUGGUUUCACAACACCCUGGCUCUUCAGUUCGGCGUGGGGGUGAAUGUGUUCUGGCGCCACCUACCAGAGAACAGCUAUGACAAGAAGGACCCCUACGGGAACAAGGACCCUGUGGCAGUCGCGAGGGCCCUCCAGGCCUUGGACAGAGCACUGGGGAUCCUGGACGAGCUGCCGGCUGACUACAGGGACUUCUAUGCCCGCAGGAUGGUAUUGCGUGUCCGAAGCAGGGCUUAUUCCACUCCGCCACAGUCUGAAGGAGCCGGAGCGGACAGGGGAGAGUCUGUAGAACACUGACAACUACAUUGAGACAACACUGGGAUCUCGUUUAAUCUAUGGCUGGACAUGAAAUGGACUCAUCACAGCAGGACAGUGGUAGCACCUUGAAAAGAUAGGUAAUGGUGACUAUUACUGGCCUAUUCUACUCGGCCACAGUCAGACGGAACUGGGGAAGACUGCAGAGAGAUUGUAGGACACCUACAACUACUGUAAGACACCAUUAAGACCUUGGUUUUUUUUUACUGUGCUGAUGGACUCGCAGGACUGAAGGCAUCUGAACCUGGGCUUACUCCACACUACACAUCAGAAGUGACAGGGAAGAGCUGCACAGACAUGAUAAAAGAAAAAAAGUGAGACGACUUUGUACAUUGUACAUGUAAUGGACACAACAUAACAGGACAAUGGCCAUCUGCUGACAUUUUUUGGAAUUGACAUUAAUACUGGACUACAUCUUUGCCCUAAGAGGUAGCGUGUUUUAUUGCUAUGGCCUUAUUGAAGUAUGAAGAAACACCCUC